ACGGGCCGCUUCCUCUUUCCAGCGGGUGAAGGCGCAGCCCGGGGCGCCCGGCCAGAGCGCGGCUGCCAUGGGGGACGCCUUCAUCCGCCACAUCGCCCUCCUGGGCUUCGAGAAGCGCUUCGUGCCCAGCCAGCACUACGUGUACAUGUUCUUGGUGAAGUGGCAGGACCUGUCCGAGAAGGUGGUCUACCGGCGGUUCACCGAGAUCUAUGAGUUCCACAAAACCUUAAAGGAAAUGUUUCCUAUUGAGGCGGGGGACAUCAAGCCAGAGAACAGGAUCAUCCCCCACCUGCCAGCGCCGAGGUGGUUCGACGGGCAGCGGGCAGCCGAGAGCCGCCAGGGCACGCUCACCGAGUACUGCAGUGCGCUCAUGGACCUGCCGGCCAAGAUCUCCCGCUGCCCACUCCUCCUGGACUUCUUCAAGGUGCGCCCCGACGACCUCAAGCUCCCCUCCGACAGCCAGGUGAAGAAGCCAGAGACGUACCUGGUGCCUAAAGAUGGCAAGACUAUCUCUGCCGCCACCGACAUCACCGGCCCCAUCAUCCUGCAGACGUACCGGGCCAUUGCCGACUACGAGAAGAACUCGGGCACCGAGAUGGCUCUGGCCAUGGGCGACGUGGUGGAAGUCGUGGAGAAGGGCGAGAGCGGCUGGUGGUUCUGCCAAAUGAAGACCAAGCGAGGCUGGGUCCCAGCCUCCUUCUUGGAGCCCCUGGACAGUCCUGAUGAGCCAGAGGACCCAGAGCCCAACUACGAAGGGGAGCCCUACGUCACCAUCAAGGCCUACACUGCUGCCCUGGAGGACGAGAUAUCCCUCCAGGAGGGCGAAACCAUCGAGGUCAUUCACAAGCUCCUGGACGGCUGGUGGGUCGUCAGGAAAGAAGACGCCACCGGCUUCUUCCCGGCCAUUUACCUGCAGGAGGCGGGGCAGGACGUAGUGCAGGCCCAGCGCCAGAUCAAGAGCCGCGGGGCGCCGCCCCGCAGGUCGUCCAUCCGCAAUGCACAGAGCAUCCACCAGAGGUCGCGAAAGCGCGUCAGCCAGGACACCUACCGGCGCAACAGCGUCCGCGUCCUGCAGCAGCGCCGGCGCCAGAGCCGGCCCGGGCCGCAGAGCGCGGGGAGCCCGCUGGCAGAGGAGAUCGACCCCCCGAAGCCGCAGCCCGCGGUGCCCCCGCGGCCCAGCGCAGACCUCAUCCUGCACCGCUGCAGCGAGAGCACCAAGCGGAAGCUGGCGACCCCCGUCUGAGGCCGGGCAUCGCCCCCCGAGGGCGCUCCGCCCCCUCCGCCGGGAUCCCUGUACAGAUGUGAUUAGAGCCUGAGGUCCGGUUACCUGAGGCACCCCGGGCCCCGCCCCGCAGCUCCCCGCCCCCCUCAAUAAAUGUUGCUUAGCGUGGACAGUGGCUCCGCGGAGACUCGAGGGGGUGCUGGGCUUGAAUCGGGCUGGGCUGUGACCUCUGCUGGGGAGUUUGCAGGGGGGAAGUUGCAGAAGCCGCGGUCCAGUUGCAUACUGCCCCGGCCUUGGCCAAGAUGGAGUUUGCACAAGGCCAAGUGCAAAGGGAACUCCUGGCUUCCCCUGGCCUUUGUGUGGUCAGCCGUUUGCUAGAACGCUGGCUCCACUGCAGACCAGUCCCGAAGAAGGGCUGGACACAGUACGCAGGGAGGGGCGUCACGACAGGGAGUGACGUUGUGUGUGCGGCUUAGUUGACAAAAAAAAAUUGUAAUUUAGGUAAAGGGAGGAGGCACGUCUGAUUCUUCACUGAGGACCUGCUCAGUUAGCAAACAUUCGGAUGAACAGAUCCUGGCCAUUUACCCUGGUAUUACUGCUAGCCCAUGGCUUUGCUGGUGGGUCUUUCCCAACAUGCAGACUCUAAGGUGCACAUUGGAGCUGCAAACCUUACAGAUCUUGGCCAAGGCCAGGGCAGUGUGCAACCCGACCUCGGCUUCUGCAACUUCCCCCACUACCCCCCACGGAGGUCACAGCCCUGCCCAAUGUGUGCGUGCAGCUUGUCACGGAGGCCAUGGGUAGCUUGAGGAGCUGCACCUGUGGGGGAGUGGCUGCUGAGGUUAGGCAAGGCUGCUACCAUAGAGAUCAGACAAAAUUAGCGAGGGGACAGGUGCUUCAAAAGAGAAUAAUUGACUAUCAAACGAUGGAGAGAGGCCUUGAGGAAACCACUGGGCCCUAACUCCGUUUGCUUUUUGCAGACCCUUGUUUGCUGAAAAAGUCCAGUGUCAAGGACUGUCAUGCAAAGCUGUGGGACAACUAACCACAGGCAAUCCCAACCUUUUAGCCUGUUCAGUGCAAUUAUAACUUAAAAAAAAAUUAAAUACAGUAUAAGGCAAAAAAA